UAGCAACACUGAUUAGAGUCUCUAGAUCGUUUCUAACCAUUUCUAAUCAAUUUUGAUGCUUUGUAAUUUCGUGAUAUGAGAUUUAUUCUAAUGUGUAUUUCAUUGUAAAUAAACAUAAAUUAGCACAUAGUAAAUAUACGAUUAUAUAACAAUCUCCAAGAAUUAACUAUGUUAUUCUACUCCUUCUUCAAAUCCUUGAUCGGAAAGGAUGUGGUUGUGGAGUUAAAAAAUGAUCUUAGUAUUUGUGGAACAUUAUAUUCCGUCGAUCAGUACCUGAACAUAAAAUUAGCCGAUAUUAGCGUAACAGAUUCUGAAAAAUAUCCUCAUAUGUUAUCGGUAAAAAAUUGUUUCAUCCGUGGAUCUGUAGUACGAUAUGUGCAACUUCCAGUAGACGAAGUAGAUAUUCAUCUCUUAACUGAAGCAGCACGCAGAGAAGCAAUGAAUGCUCAAGCAAGAUAGUUCAUAGUUAUCUUAAAUAUUAUUUAUGUGCAGAAUAUUUUUUCUUUAAUUAAUGCAUUUGUUUCACACUAUAUAAAAUUAAGAGAUAUAAUU